AUGGCCCUCGUUCCCGCUUCCGAACAGAUCAUCAAGCCGCAGGCUUCGGCCCCGGCGAUCGAUACCAGCGACUGGCCCCUGUUGUUGAAAAACUACAGUGACCUGCUUGUCCGUACUGCGCACUUCACGCCCAUUCCGCACGGCUGCGCUCCACAUGCUCGCGACCUUAAGUCCUAUAUCAGCUCUGGUGUGAUCAAUUUGGACAAGCCCUCGAACCCGUCCAGCCACGAGGUUGUAGCAUGGAUCAAGAGAAUCCUCAGAGUUGAAAAAACCGGCCACAGUGGUACUCUGGACCCAAAGGUCACCGGGUGCUUGAUUGUGUGUAUCGACCGGGCGACCCGUCUCGUCAAGUCUCAGCAGGGAGCCGGCAAAGAAUACGUGUGCGUGAUCCGCCUUCACGACAAACUCCCAGGAGGCGAGGCGCAGUUCGCCCGCGCGCUCGAGACUCUCACUGGUGCGCUGUUUCAGCGACCACCCCUGAUCUCCGCUGUCAAGCGCCAGCUGCGCAUCAGAACGAUCCACGAGAGCAAGCUGUAUGAGUUCGAUAAUGAGAGACAACUUGGUGUGUUCUGGGUCAGCUGCGAGGCUGGUACUUAUAUCCGAACGCUGUGCGUGCACCUCGGUCUCCUGUUGGGUGUAGGCGCACAUAUGCAAGAGCUUCGUCGAGUCAGGAGUGGAGCGAUGGACGAGUCACAGGGUAUGGUUACUCUCCAUGAUGUGCUGGACGCGCAAUGGAUGCAGGACAACAACCGAGACGAGUCGUACCUUCGCCAAGUCAUCUCCCCUCUCGAGAGCCUUCUUACCAGCUAUAAGCGGAUCGUUGUCAAGGACAGCUCGGUCAAUGCUAUCUGCUACGGUGCCAAACUCAUGAUUCCCGGUCUUCUCCGCUUUGAGAAGGGAAUUGAACUUCAUGAGGAAGUCGUUCUUAUGACGACGAAGGGCGAGGCCAUAGCUCUGGCAUACGCUCAAAUGUCUGCUGUCGAAAUGUCAUCCUGCGAUCACGGUGUUGUUGCAAGGAUUAAGCGUGUGAUCAUGGAGCGGGACUUGUACCCAAGGCGCUGGGGGUUGGGCCCUGUUGCAACCGAAAAGAAGAAGAUGAAGGAGAAUGGCCAGCUCGACAAAUUUGGCAGGCCAAAUGAGAAGACUCCAGCCAAGUGGAACAGUGAAUACAAAGACUAUAGCGGAAAUGGCGAUGCACCAGCAGCCAUCACCAUGGGUGAAACCACCUCCACUGCUGAGGUCCUCGCUGCUCCCCCCAUUCCUCCUACCGGUGUUGAGAACGGUGAACUCGCUGUGACCGAAACCCCCGAGAAGUCCAAGAAACGCAAGUCAAGAGACGAUGACGAAACUGCCGAAGACAAGGCAGAGAGAAAGAGAAAGAAGCAGGAGAAGAAGGAGAAGAAGGAGAAAAAGAAGGAGAAGAAAGAGAAGAAGCGCAAGGACGAUGGCUCCGAUUCCGAUUGA